AAAGUGCACGGGGUUCGGGAUGCUGGCUCAUUUCGGACACGUCCCUCCUGCGCACCGCCUCGUUUUUUCUCUCACUCUAUUUCUCGUUGUGCUUCCCACCCCGCAUCCAUCGGCGCCGACUGACGCGCUCGGAGCCUCUCGCUCACGCCGUUGCGCCCCUGGGGACACCUUGGAAGGGAUUUAAUGAGCCCCGAAGACGCCCGAUUUCCCUUUAAGGCUCGGUUUUUAUAACCUCACUCUUGGACUUUAUGACUGUAUCACGUCAAUCUUGAUACUUGCUUGUUUGGACCUGGACCAUUUACUGAUGGAACAGGCUCACUCCUACGUUCUCCUGCAUCCGCCCAACGCAACCUAACAUUUCCUGGAAGAACGUGCCCGCCGCCUGCUCCCAACAAACAUGGACUGUUUUCCCAUGCUUUAUUUUGUGUCGAGACAUCAUGAUUCCUGGUAAUCGAAUGCUGAUGGUCAUUUUCAUAUGCCAAGUCCUGCUGGGAGAGAGCAACCAUGCCAGUCUGAUACCAGAAGAAGGAAAAAAGAAAGUGCCGGGCCUGCAGGGUCGUUGGGACGCUCAGAGCCAUGAACUGCUGCGGGACUUUGAGGCCACCCUGCUGCACAUGUUCGGCCUCAAGAAGCGACCCCGGCCCAGCCGCUCGCCCGCCGCCGUGCCGCGCUACAUGCUGGACCUCUAUCGGCUGCAAUCCGGCGAGGGAGACGAGUCGGGGGGCGAAAUCGCCUUCGAGUACCCGGAAAGGUCGGCGAGCCGAGCCAACACUGUGAGGGGAUUCCACCAUGAAGAGCACAUGGAGAGAGUGCACGAGUUGGGCGAGAGUGAGGCCACGCCCCUCCGUUUCCUGUUCAACCUCAGCAGCAUUCCAGAGGACGAGCUGCUCUCCUCGGCCGAACUGCGCCUCUACCGACAGCAGAUAGCCGAGGCGGGCGGCGACAACAACAACAACAACAAAACGGGCCUCCACCGGAUCAACGUGUACGAGGUGCUGAAGGCCCCGCGGCCCGGCCAGCUCAUCACGCAGCUUCUGGACACGCGGCUGGUACGACACAACGCGUCGCGCUGGGAGAGCUUCGACGUCAGCCCCGCCGUGCUGCGCUGGACUCGCGAGCGCCGCCCCAACCACGGCUUGGCCGUGGAGGUCCUGCACCUGGACCGGACGCCACGCCGUCGGGGCGAGCACGUCCGGGUCAGUCGCUCGCUCCACCAGGAGCCCGGCGAGGACUGGGAGCAGCUGCGCCCCCUCUUGGUGACGUUCGGCCAUGACGGCAAAGGUCACCCGUUGACCAAGCGGACCAAGCGCAGCCCAAAGCAGCGGGGACGCAAACGCAACCGUAACUGCCGGCGCCACGCGCUCUACGUCGAUUUCAGCGACGUGGGUUGGAAUGACUGGAUAGUGGCGCCCCCUGGCUACCAGGCCUACUACUGCCACGGGGAAUGCCCUUUCCCGCUGGCAGAUCACCUCAACUCUACCAACCACGCCAUUGUUCAGACACUGGUGAACUCUGUGAACAACAACAUUCCCAAGGCCUGCUGUGUGCCCACGGAGCUCAGCGCCAUCUCCAUGCUCUACUUGGACGAAAACGAUAAAGUGGUGCUGAAAAACUACCAGGAAAUGGUGGUGGAGGGCUGCGGCUGCCGCUAAAGUGCGAGCUAACCCGGACUCGGACAAAACAACUCGCUACAAAGUCUCGUUAAAAAAAAAAAAAAAAUCACUUGGACAAUUAUUUAUAACUUUUACGUUGAGGUGUAUGUUUGUCUCACUCUUUUUUUGUUCCUUUGAUAACAUGAUCAUAUAUUUUGACAAAAUAUAUAUAUAUUUAUAUCGACAUAUAAAAAAAAUAAAUUGAGUCCUUAUUUUAAACAUGGGGAAAAAAAGCUGUACAACUUUUCAUCAUGUACAUUAGAUUGUAUACGUUUUUUAUUGAUAAAAUAGUAAAGAUGGAAAAAAGAA